AAUAUUGCUCACUGUUAUUCAGAAGUCCGGAAGAAUCAUAAAUUGAUUGUUAGGAGCAGUUUUGUUCAAGUUUUUAAAUUCGCGAUGAUGAAUUGGCAUAGAAUAAUAAGAUAUACAAUGAUUUUCACAUAAUUUUAACAGUAAAGUCUAAAGAUGAACAGUGAGGCGAAUUGCAGAAGAAUAGGCUUUAUAGAACAAUGCUUUGGAGCUUCAGGACAGCCCCUAGCAUUGCCAGGAAGAGCAUUAGUAGGAGAGGGUGUUUUAACAAAGAUGUGCAGAAAGAAACCAAAACCUAGACAAUUCUUCUUAUUCAAUGAUGUUUUAGUUUAUGGUUCCAUUAUAAUCAGUAAGAAAAAGUAUAACAGACAACAUUUGAUAUCACUAGAAGAUGUUAAAUUAGAAAAUGUAGAUGAUGAAAUGUGUAGGUCAUACACAACGUCAGGAACAGCAUUAAGGAAUGGCUGGAAGAUUAUCAGUCCAAGUAAAUCCUUUGUGGUUUAUGCAGCUACAGCAACAGAAAAGUCUCAGUGGAUGUCCCAUAUAAGGAAAUGUGUUAAUGAUUUGUUACUUAAACGGGGAAUAACACAGAACUCAGAGAAUGAUUCACCAGUUUGGGUACCAGAUUCAGAUGCUUCUACUUGUAUGCACUGCAAGAAAUCACAGUUUUCAUUGAUCAAUAGAAAGCACCACUGUAGGAAAUGUGGCAUGGUUGUUUGUAAUGCCUGCUCCAAUCAAAAAUGGUUGCUUCCCCAGCAGUCAUCACAUCCUCUGAGAGUAUGCCUUACUUGUUACAUGCAGCUUACAAAAUCUAAAAAUAUGACAGGAGUGACACCUACCCCUGUACAUGAUGAUACAUCAGGAGAAGAUACGUCUGAUGAGGAGGAUGAUGAUAGAACAGAUGGAGCAACAGGAGAGGCACAAGAUGAUACUUUUACAGCAUACGAUGUGAUAAACUGAAAUGAAAUCAUCUCAACUGAUACAAGACCACCGAAGAACACAGAUAGAAUAAUCAGGAAUUAUUUUGUAUAUGAAUAACAGUCUUAUAACUCUGUCUGAGACAUGUGGAUUCAUUUUGUAUUGCUUUAUGGAAUUUAUAAGUGCUAAAAAACUCCAAUGCAAUGAAUGAAAACAAAUACCAUAACUCAAACAAUUUGUAUGGUGUUGUUUUUAAUAAAUUAUACAAUUUUCUUGUGAAGUAAAGUUUAAGUAGUUGAUUGUGACUUAUCUUUUAACUUGAUUAAGUGCCGGUCUUUGUAUGAAUAAGACAAUUUAGAAGAAUUUCAAAGCAUGGCUGAAAAAAACCCACUGAUCUAACCAUCCUAUUUUGAAGUUAGCUGCUCUCAAUUGUUAAUUGCUGGUGCAUUUCAACCAAAUUAUAUCUUGAAAUACCAGAACAGGAAAAGAAAACAAAUGCUAUAUUUGUGCACCAUUAUACAUUUUGAACUUGAGCAGGUUUUUGUUUGUCAUGUUUUCACCACUGCCUGAUUCUUAGGUAGAUUUGCACUUAAGUUCUGACGUUUCCUGAUCUUUUGCUAUCAUAUAUUUACCAAUUAUAUGUAAAUUACCCACUUGUCUCAGCAGAAUUAUGUUUAUACACAGUAUUGAACAGUACUGAUAUAAGUUAAUGUUAUCAUGUAAGUAUCUUUGAAGUUAGAUAAACUGUCUUUUGAAUUGAAUAUAAAAGAGUAGUUCAAUGCAAAGUUUUGUAGAACAAUGUAGAAGAUGUCUUUUAACAAGAACCCAUAUUUAUUUUUUGCUUUUUAAUCAAUAUGUUAUGUAAAGUGACAUGUUUUUUUUUAUUCAAUUACUGAAAAUAUUUUAAUGAGCACCUUCAUUUGCUUGAAAAAAUAUACACCUGUAAAUUAAAAAAAAAUGCGAUGUUUGUAAUAUUGUGAAAAUAACGAUGGGAUAGGUUUCCCAAAAAUAAAGGUUUUCCUUUUAAAUUUUAAUAGCAUUAUUUGUAUGCAGAAUUAUCUUAAAUUUUAAUAAUUUAUGUCGCAUUUGUGUCCAUUGAUCAACAAUCCCAGUAAUAAAUGCAUGCAAACAUUUUUGAAUUCACAGUACUGAGGAUUCAUUUAUUUUUGUGGGUACCAAUUUUCGUGGACAUUUGAUUUCUUUGAUUUGCCAAAGUCGGUAAACAACCUUAUAGAAAAUGUGUAAUUCGUUGAACAUUUAAAUUUGUGGUUUACCUGUACUCACAAAAUCCAUGAAAAUUUGUAUCCCACGAAUAAUAAUGAAUCUACAGUACCUGAAAUUUCAUAAUUUUUUUAUGUUCUUAGUUCAGAUUGUUGAGGAGUUCUACAUACAUUUAACAUGUUUAACUGUUCUUGUGUAAAAUCAUCUUUUCUAUUGAUAAUUUAAUUUUGUUUUUUUCUAGAAUGUUUAGAAAUCUAUCUUUUAAAUCAAUCAAUAAGAACUCUACUGCUUUGUGUAACUAGCUUUUACUGCAGUGAAAAUAUACAAUUUUGCUAGAAAAGUUAUUGUUAGCAGUUCUUCAUGAAAUUUAAUUUUGUCAAACUAUUUCUUUUAUAGUUCUCUUAACUUUAUGGGGGAAAAUAGGGGAA